AUGCCAAUCAAGCAGGAAUGUCAGGAGCCUCUGGCCGACAAGAUCGACACUAACAUCAUCUCUCUGUCCCGUUUCAUCAUCGAGAAGCAGAAGCAGGCAAAGAAUGCCACGGGUGACUACUCGCUUGUGCUGAACGCCCUCGGGUUCGCUUUCAAGUUCAUCGCGCACACCGUCAGAAGAGCUGAGCUGAUCCACUUGACUGGACUGUUCGGGACCUCCAACGCGACGGGCGACCAGCAGAAGAAGCUUGAUGUGCUCGGUGACGAGAUCUUCAUUAACACCAUGGCCUCGAGCAACAUCGUCAAGAUCCUUGUCUCCGAGGAACAGGAGGAGUUGAUCAGGUUUGAGACAACCGAGGGCACGUACGCAGUGUGCUGCGACCCGAUUGACGGGUCCUCCAACAUCGACGCCGGUGUCUCUGUAGGGACCAUCGUUUCCCUCUUCAAGAUCACCUCACCCCCAAGUGAACCCGGUUGCGAGCAGGAUGUAUUGAGAAGCGGCCACGAUAUGGUAGCAGCAUGCUACGCCCUGUACGGUGCAUCCACCCACUUGCUGCUCACACUGGGCGACGGUGUCAACGGGUUCACCCUCGACACCAACCUGGGCGAGUUCAUCCUGACUGAGCCAGACGUGAGACUGCCCACGGAUCAUCCUAAGAAGAUCUACUCCGUCAACGAGGGGAACACCUGCUACUGGGAUGAGUCCGUCAAGACUUUCUUCGACGCUUUGAAACAGCCCCAGGACGAGGACAACGAACCAUACUCCGCCAGAUACGUCGGGUCCAUGGUCGCCGAUAUGCACAGAACCGUCCUGUAUGGUGGACUGUAUGCCUACCCAGGCUCCUCGAAGAGCAGAAACGGGAAGUUGAGACUACUGUACGAGGGGUUCCCCAUGGCGUUCUUGAUCGAGCAGGCCGGCGGGAAGGCUGUCAACGACAAAGGUGAGAGAAUCCUGGACCUAGUCCCAACCAAGAUCCACGACAAAACAUCCAUCUGGAUUGGUUCCUCGAGAGACGUCGACAAGUACUUGAAGCACAUUGGGAAGUUAUAA